GCCCGGGCGAGCGGGGGGUCCCCAACGGUAGCGGCGGCAACUGGCGGAAGUGACGCGCUGACUGACAGGACCCAUCAUGUCCGACAAACCAGAUUUUGCAGAAAUUGAAACAUUUGACAAGACCAAGCUGAAGAAGACAGAAACCAGAGAGAAAAAUCCAUUGCCCACUAAAGAAACUAUCGAACAGGAAAAGCAAAGUGAAAGUACAGCCUGAGCAUAAAACUGAAGAUGUGACUGUUGCUUCUCCAGUGGGGUUUUGGCUUCCAGUUGGGUUGUUUGGUUU